UUAUGAUUUCACUUCUGAUAGAAGAACCUACACGAGUCCGUAUUUCAAAAAUGUACACACGUGAAAGCAAUUUAAUAUUUGGUCUCCAUUUCGUCACAUUCGCCACGUGUUAUUGUAUUCUAUCAUGUGCUGGUGAGAGGACCGAUGCCUUUGUUGACGAGAAGUCGUCACAAUCGUCGCAUGUCACGCAACAUCAGGACUUUCGGAUAGCGCGGUUCAAACGGGAAGUAAGAAAUGAGACGCAAAAAGUGAAUCGCACUACUUUGGACAAACAUGAGGCCACUCCUCCACCAAUCGAAGAGUCCGUCUACAAAUACUCAAAUUUCGAGGAGCUGAGGCGUUCCCCUGCGUUCGUCGACAAAACUCUCCUCAUAAAGCACCUGCUGGACCCAAAACUGAAUCCCUCCACGCGGCUGUACAUAACAGCGCCGGGCUCCUUCGGCAAGACGCUAAACCUGGACAUGCUUGAUCGCUUCCUAAGAUUACAAAGGCGAGACACAGGAGAACUGAUGGAACACCCCGCAUCCAACCAGACUACAUUAUUCUCAGGCACAAAGAUUUCAACCCAAGAGAAUGAUUUUAUCCACGCCCAUCAUGGACAAUACAUCGUACUGCGCUUAUCACUAGGACCGUUGUAUAAUAUAACGACCUACAAUAUGUUCAAAAACACCCUGUGCAGCAUUAUCAGUGACGCGGAAUGGCAGAUAGACUGGAUGUCAGGCAAGCCGAGUGACGAGAAAAUGACGUCGUUAGCGUAUUAUCGGGAGCACUGUAGAAUGAACUUCCUGUCUGCGGCGGAUAUACUUCCACCUCGGCUGAAGCGCCUGUCAAAGACCCUCGGGAAGAGGGCCGUAUUGCUUUGGGACGACUUGGACAUACUGUUGCGUGCGUCGAUCAGAAGAACGCUCCCGGAUACGAAAUCUAUCUACAAAACCGUGAGCCGGGUUAUAGUUCGACUUACGCACUCCGACGCCGUUAGAAUGUCCGUGGCCGUCGGGAGGUUGAAUUUCGGAGGUGUGAUGUCCAGUAUUGCCAACUGCACUCACGUUGCUUUCAACGGAGACGCAGGCUUGGCUCCAUUUUUCGGUCUGACCAAGAGUGAAGUCCACGAUCUCGUGGAGGCUUACCGUUUGCCUCUACCGCAACAAAUCGAGCUGUACUACAACGGUUACGAGGUUAUGGGCUCAGAUCUGCGCAUCUACAACUCGUUUUCGAUUGCGUCACUCGUCGGGUCCAAGAAGUUCGACUUUUACUGGCAGAAUCAGGUCGCUCCGUUAUUCCCGUUCACGCAGAUCUUUGCCACGCCAUUGAUCGGUACACAGGUGGCAUUCAGCGUCUUCGCGAAGUGGAUCUCGGCACCGAAAGACAUCCCUCCAUCCAUCGAAUCGGUCACGAACCUACAGGCGCAACUCGAGAAGAAGACCCCGAAGAUCAACGAAACCCUUUGCGCCGUUUUCAUGUCGUACCUCCUCGAAACAGGUUACUACACCAUCGGCGCCCACAAUCGAGGCUCGCAAAUGCGUCUGGCCGACCUGGAGACGGUGGUCCCUGUCAUGGCUCAGCUCUUCUUGAGCGGCUACUACGAGCGCUAUUACGAGUACACAAGCAACGCCAAAGUGAUAUUCCUGGCCGCCGUCGCCAAACUGUCCCCCGCCCAAAGUUCCUACGACCGACUUGCCUGGGCAAUACACAACCUGUAUCUUCAUAGUUGCUCCAAGCUCGUCGACCAGCGACCUGGGUUGCUGGGCAAUUUAGUCGCCAUUUUCUCUUCGACGCAGGCGGUGCAUGCUGGUGUUACGGACGUCGUUUACGGGAAGCGGGUACCGCUCGACAGACGGAAGAGUGAAGGACACUCUUUUGGGAGUUUGGACCUGAUGGUAACGUUCGGAAACGAGACGUCGACACAUCUGGGCGUUCUGAUGGAGCUGGUCCUUUGGAAAUCAGCCGAGCUGGCGAUGACUCAGCUGGAGACCUUCGAGCACAUGGAGGCUUUCAAUGAUUUGCCGGAAGAAAUGCGCCCGCGGGAUGUUGUUUUGUUGGGGGUGAAUUUGGACAAAACGUGCAAGUGCACGCUGAGGUACAAGUACGGCAAUGAGAGCACCGGUCAAACAUCUUUCCCAAAACCGCCAAAUCCUGAAAAGUAAAAGGUUACUCGAGCGAAAUAUUGAGUUGAAUCGUUCUAUAUCGGAUGUGAAGGGAGGUUAAUUUUUGUCGAGAAGCUGAAUUUUAAUGUUUAUCGCAUUGCUUCAAGUUGGCAUAAAACUAAACAUUGGAAUGGACCACAAGACGAAAUACGACUUUAAGCUUUUUGAUAUGUGUAUCGUAAGCAAAAUUUUACGAAUAACACGAUUCGCGCAGAAAGAAUGACGUUUUUGGAGAAAAUUUUCCAGCCUAAAGAGGGUGGGGUCUAGACUUCGAGAGUCCUUUCCCCGUGGCUGUGCGCCACUGAUGAGUACGAAGUGGAGAGUUUUGGUCAAACAGUUAUCCCGAAACCUGCAUUCUCAUAGAUUCAAGAGAUUUAUUAAGUGAAAAAGGUGUGAUGAGUGUUUUUUUAUUUGAAAAACAGGAAAUAUAAUGUUUUUUAUGAAACUGAUUCGAAUGAAAUGAGUUUGGUAUGAGAAAGUGCAGCAGCUGAAGUUCUAGCCGAUCAUCUUUCCAAACUAACAUACUGUCGCUCAAAUUGUUUACCUGAAGAAGAGUUGCGGUGGAUGGUUUUCGGUAUUUAUAUUUUUCCUUGUUUGUAGAUUUUAUUCAAAGAUUUCACCUACUACAAUACA